CGGGGCGGCACGGCCCGGGCACUCCUGCGGUGGAAGGGAUGACGGCGUGCUGCUGUGAGGGGGGAAAGCGACCGCCUGGACCAGCACGGGUUUCAAUAGGGUUUAUCCUCAUUUUUUUCUGGGUUGUGCCACUGCAGGGCCCAAUUUGAGAGGAAACGGGGCCAAACGUGUAUGCUUCCAAAGAAGCCAGAUGGGAAUGAGCCAGGAAGCUCAGAAAACCUUUUGUCAGAAUGCGUUCUCUGUUAAACUGGGAAAAAACCUUGUUGAGAUGUAAAUGAGGACAAUUAAGUGUGUUGGAAAGGUGGUGACCGGCCGGGGACAGGCGAGAUGGAAGGAGGGCCACUUCGUCUUGUGUGCUGUCCUUAGCUUGGGGCUCGUGCCUCCGGUGGGCGCCUGGACGUACCACUACGGGGACCAGUCGGAGCUGACCUGGUGGCAGGCGAGGAAGUACUGCCAGGAGUGGUUUACCGACCUGGUGGCCAUCCAGAACCAAGGGGAAAUUGCCUAUCUCAACGAAUUCUUGCCCUUCCAUCGCACGUACUACUGGAUCGGGAUCCGGAAGAUUAACAACACGUGGACCUGGGUGGGGACGCAGAAGCCUCUGACAAAGGAAGCGGAGAACUGGGCUGCCCGGGAGCCCAACAACAGAGGGGCCAACCAGGACUGCGUGGAGAUCUACAUCAAGAGGCAGAAGGAAGCCGGGAAGUGGAACGACGAGCGGUGCACUCGCCUGAAGCGGGCUCUCUGCUACAACGCUUCUUGUCAGCCCUUCCCCUGCAAUGAGCGCAGCGAGUGCGUGGAGACCAUCGGGAGCUACACCUGCCAGUGCCUUCCGGGCUUCUUCGGGCCGGAGUGCCAAUCCGUUGUAAAAUGCGGGGCCCUCCAUGCGGCAUUCGCCCCACUGCUCCUCAACUGCAGCCACCCUCUGGCGGAAUUCGGUUACAGAUCCAGCUGCAGCUUCCAGUGCAGGGAAGGGUUUGAACGGAGGGGUCCCGCCAGCUCACAGUGCCUGCCCUCCGGACUGUGGACCGCCGAGCCCCCCCAGUGCACAGCUGUCCAGUGCCGGCAGUUAAACAUCCCCGCGCAUGGAGACAUUCGCUGCUCCCACUUGUACGGGGAAUUUCAGUACCGGUCCGAGUGCAACUUCAGAUGUGCAGCAGGCUUUCUGAUCCGUGGAGCGGAGAGCACCGUGUGUGACGCCUCUGGAGAAUGGAGCUCCCCGGAACCAACCUGUCAAGUCAAGCAGUGCCAGGAAAUUGAGACACCCACAAGAGGAACAAUGGAUUGUGUGACCCCGAUGGGCAACUUUGCUUACAACGCCACCUGUGAUUUUGCUUGUGAACCCGGCUUCCAGCUCAACGGCUCCAAGACUUUGCGCUGCGAUGCAGUCGGCCAGUGGACUUCCCAAGUCCCUUCCUGUGACGCCGUUCCAUGCCCGUCCCUGGAGGCUCCGCCGCACGGAGGCAGCGCCUGCACCCACCCCCUCGGGGAGUUCCGGUACCGGUCCAGCUGCACCUUCCACUGCACGGAGGGCUUCCUCUUGCUCGGAGGGGAGGAGGCCCAGUGCACGGCAUCGGGGGAGUGGACAGCCCCGGUCCCCGUUUGCCAAGCGAUCAGCUGCCCCAAGCUGUCAGCUCCCGAGAACGGAGAACUGAACUGCCUUCAUCCAUACGGAGACUUUGCCUACAGCUCCCGCUGCAACUUCUCCUGCCACGCGGGGUUCCUGCGGGUUGGGACGGAGCAGCUCCAGUGCUUGGCCGAGGGAAGGUGGACGGAGAAACCGCCCUUUUGCAAAGCAAAGCGGUGCCCCAGCCUGCAGAACCCCACAAACGGAAGAAUGGCGUGCACCCACCCGCUGGGCGAGUUUGCCUAUCAGUCCACCUGCGAGGCGGUGUGUGAGCCGGGCUUCAUCUCUGCCGGAGCAGCAGUUGCCCGCUGCUUGGCGACGGGAGACUGGAGUACUCCAUCCUCGGCAUGCUCAGCGGUCAUAUGCCCAGCUCUACACAAGCCAGACCACGGCCGCUUCAGCUGUCUUCACCCUCAUGGAAACUUCGCGUACGGCUCCAGCUGCAACUUUUCCUGCAGUGGCGGCUUUCAGCUCGCCGGACCGGAGAGGCUUGAGUGCACGGCACGAGGCGACUGGACCAAAAAGCAGCCGCGUUGCGAAGCUGUCCGGUGCCCAGCCCUGGAAGACCCAGCCCACGGAAGGAGCGCCUGCAGUCAUCCGUACGGACACUUUGCGUAUCGCUCCAGCUGCGUCUUCUCCUGCCGCUCGGGGUUUGAGUUACUUGGCCCAGAGAUGCUCAAUUGCACGGACCAGGGAAACUGGACGGGGGCAGCGCCCACCUGCGAAGCCACCAGGUGCCCCGGGCUACUCGCUCCCCUGAAUGGACACAUGAACUGCACUCACCCUCAUGGAGACUUCAGCUUUGACUCCGGCUGCAGCUUCUCCUGCGACGUGGGUUUCUCCAGGGUCGGACCGGAGAUGCUUCAGUGCACGCCCCUGGGGGAGUGGACAAAGACUGUGCCCACCUGUGAAGCCAUGAAGUGUCUCCAGUUGAAGCAGGGCGAGAACAUGAAGCUCCGCUGCUCCAGUCCCUGGGCGCCCUUCAGCUACGGCUCGGCGUGCGAGUUCUCUUGCCCCGAGGGCUACGUUCUCAAUGGAACAAAGCAGAUGCAGUGCCAGGCGGAUGGAUCCUGGUCUGCAGCGAUGCCUCUUUGCCAAGAAAACGUCGCCUCCUCUCUCACGCAAGUGCUGCGUUAUACCGGCGGAGUGGCAGCCUCCGUUAUCGGCCUGGUGGUCCUUGGGACUCUGAUGGUGCUGGCCAUCAAGCGACUCAGCAAAAGAGAGCGGAAAAAGCAGCUCCUGAGCCAGACAAGUGAUUUGGGGGCACCUGGAGUAUUCACCAAUGCAGCAUAUGACAGCUUUUCCUAAGAAGCGUGUGAAAUAGCCUCCUGCUACUGCGGCAUGCAAACAGGCCUAAAACAUGGUUUGGGGCUGGAAGCGCAGGGACAUUUUCAGCUUGCCCCCGAUAUUGCAGCAGAAAGAUCCGCAAGCAUAGCAUUUCACUUCUUCACGUGCACAUCCUAAGAAAGAGACUGAAACCCCGAAACUUUGGGUCCUACCCUAAGACUCGGCAUUCCUAAUAAUGGAGAACAACUGUGAUUUUUUUUUGCACUUUUACACUUGCAACUGAUGCUUUUUUCACCCUUAAAAAGUGAGAAACGUGUCAGCUGUCCUGGGAACUGAGUAGGCGUUACUUAGGCACAGUGCAGCGAUCUAUUUGUUAGCAGAGGGUUUUUGGGGAUCUACAUUGUAUCAGAGGGUUAACCUAACAGGAUACUAUUGGAAAGCAUAAUCGGAGCAAAACUCUCCCUCUAUGAAAGGACAGUAUGUUCUUUGGAAAGAAGAUGCGUGCAUAUUUGUGAUAAUGUGCAUUCUCAGCUUUCUUGACAACUUCCCUUCUUGAUUGUAAAACAAAUUUUGUCACUUUCCAAGUACAAAGGCAGAACAAUGCAGGACUUGAUUUUUCACAAUGCACGGACUUUUUAGUCGUGGCCGUAGCUAUGAAAUCCAAACCACGCACGAUCUCCUUCUGAAUUAUCAUGCUUGAUGCUUCUUUUCACAGGAAAGUUUUUCACGUUUUGCUUCUUUUAAUGGGGAUGUUUUAUACACAGAAUUCGCUUGGAACCUGGCCAUGGGAUAAAAGCGCCGGCACAGUGGGAUUUCCUGCACUUCAGCUCAGUUCUGCCUCCCGCCAGCGAGCGUCUGUGCCUCAUAGGUGGGGACGGAAUAAAUCCAUGCUGCCAUUCAUGCCGUGUGCCCAGUGACCAGGACUCCCUGUGCUCUCAGCCUCCUACCAGAUCACAGUGGGAAGAAACCUUAGGCCAUUACCAAGAAACCUCAUCUAAACCUGUCUUAAAAGAUUGUGCAUUUUGGGAAAUGACGCCUUUGCUUCAUCUAGACGCCACCAGUGUCUACUGGACUGGGACUCAGAAGAUCCAGGCUCUGGUCCCUGCUCAGUCGCAAGGCCCCGGGGUGACAUUGGGCCAGUCGCUCACUCUCAGCCUAACCCACCGCACAGGGUUGUUGUUGUGAGAAUAAAAUGAAGUACAGCAGGACUGUGACAGUUGGGCUCCUCACAAGAUGAGAAAGGCAGGAUACAAAUGCAGUGUAAUAAUAAUGAUGACAAUAUCUGACAUUGUAAGACUACUCUAAAAGCAAAAUCCAAACCUACGGUUUUAAAAAGCAACCCUGGGCUUCGCUAUUUCUAUCUAAGCAUACAAGGGUACUAAACUCUGUGGUAGCCAUUCAGGUUAGAAAAUGUUGAUAGAAAGGCUCCAGAAAAUGUGGGGCACAGGCGAAACCGGAAAGGAUGCCAGCUAUUGUAAUCUAUCCUAGCUUCACAUACUUCACUGAUGCCAAGAGGCUGCCCUGAGAUCUGACCAGAAAAGAUAAAACUGUCUAGCUGUCAGUAUCACAACGGCAGGGCUUGGGUGUCGCGGGGGUGGGGGGCUGAACCCCAAAGCUGGGCUGCUUGCAAGGGUUUUGGCUGUAGGAAAAGAGGUCCCCAGAGGCCUGUAGCUGCAAGCUUCUAAGUCCUGAAUGGCUGUCACCAAGCAGUUUUUGCAAACCAGAAAGCAAGUACUGUAUUAGUAAGCCCUUAGGUAGAAAAGAUCCCUUUGAUGAUUCCUGUAUUGUUCAGUCCGCCUUUCAGUGCCAUCCCAUGCCUCUUGCAGCAGCUUCUUGCUUUUCAAUUGUUCUACCAGACUUGGUGGCAGCAGGAAAUGGUUGCCUUGUGGACCUCUGAGUCACGGUGGCUGAGAGCAGCUUGGUCCUGAGACUGAUGCGCUUGCUGAAGUAAGAAAUCCCACAGGGAUACUGCCCAGGGAAGGGCCUCCCCACCCCCGCCCCCAGGGGGAGGCAGCCAUGGGGAGAGGAAAUCCCCCCCACAGCUGGGAAUGAGCAGGAAUGUACACUGCAAGUCUCCGUCCCCAGGUGCACCCUAAAUACGCCAAUGUGCCCGCCCUGAAAGGUCCCCCUUUGAAGGCACACCUUGAACAAGCUGCCUGGCGGUGCGUCUUUUGGCGUUGUGGCCGUCAUGCAUUUGGCCCUCCUGUUUUGCUCUCAUGCGCCACCGGCAAACUGCCUCCAUGAUUCCCACCCACUCCUCCAAAAAGUGUAUGAAACUGAGAGUGUAUAAAAGGCUUGAUCUGGGCAGUCCCUCUGGGGGCUGCCUACACACUGCAUGUAUUUCCUGUUACGUCUGAAUAAAUGGCUAAUGUUCUUUUGAUUGGA